GGCCUUUGGGGACGACCUAGACCAGGCGUAAGGUUCCCGUCCUGGACCAACAGAGCUCACAGGCCCGCAGAAGGUUCUGGAUCGCCAAGAAGGACUCUGGUGCAAAAACAAGCUCCUUGAGUAAGGAGGAGGCUUCCAGACACUUAGGGGCCCCGGGAAUCAGACAGGGGCGGGGCUACGUGGCGCACGCGGCGUCGGGGCGGGGCUGGCGCUGGCCAAGAUGGAGACGAAUGUGUUCCGGUUUCGAGAUGCCCGCGCCGCUCCGGAUCCCGUGCUGGAGGCCGAGCCGGUGGCCUUCGGCUCGCAGCCGGUUCCGCUGGUGCUGGACAACGGAUCAUUCCAGGCUCGCGCCGGGUGGGCGUGCCCCGGGCCGGAUCCGGGCCCCGAGCCGCGCCUGCAGUUCCGCGCCGUGUGCGCGCGCGGCCGUGGCGGGGCGCGCGGCGGGCCGGGGCCGCAAGUGGGCAACGCGCUGGGCAGCUUGGAGCCGCUGCGUUGGAUGCUGCGCUCUCCUUUCGACCGCAACGUGCCGGUCAACCUGGAGCUGCAGGAACUGCUGCUUGACUACAGCUUCCAGCAUCUGGGCGUCUCCUCGCAGGGCUGCGUUGAUCAUCCCAUAGUUUUGACAGAGGCCGUGUGCAACCCGCUCUAUUCACGCCAAAUGAUGUCGGAGCUCCUAUUUGAGUGCUACAGGAUCCCCAAGGUUGCCUAUGGGAUAGACAGCCUCUUCAGCUUCUACCACAACAUGCCCAAGAAUGCUCUUUCCAACGGCCUCAUCAUUUCAUCCGGCUACCAGUGUACACACAUUUUACCUGUCUUGGAAGGAAGACUGGAUGCCAAAAACUGCAAGCGCAUCAAUCUCGGAGGAAGUCAGGCGGCCGGCUACCUGCAGCGGCUCCUCCAGCUGAAGUACCCGGGGCACCUGGCAGCCAUCACGCUCAGCCGCAUGGAGGAGAUCCUACAGGAGCAUAGCUACAUUGCUGAGGACUACGGGGCAGAAUUGCAGAAGUGGCGGUGUCCUGAUUACUAUGAGAACAAUGUCCACAAGAUGCAGCUCCCGUUCUCUAGCAAGCUCCUGGGCAGCACGCUGACGGCUGAGGAGAAGCAGGAGCGGCGGCAGCAGCAGCUGCGAUGGCUGCAAGAGCUCAAUGCCCGGCGUCGGGAGGAGAAGCUGCAGCAGGACCAGGAGCGGCUGGAGCGGCUGCUGUAUGUGCAGGAGCUCCUAGAGGAUGGCCAGAUGGACCAGUUCCACAAAGCUCUGAUAGAGCUGAACAUGGACUCCCCAGAAGAGCUGCAGUCCUACAUACAGAAGCUCACCUUGGUAGUGGAGCAGGCUAAGCAGAAAAUCCUUCAAGCAGAAGCCAGCCUCGAGGUGGACGUGGUGGACAGCAAGCCAGAGACCCCUGACCUGGAACAGCUGGAGCCCUCCCUGGAAGAUGUGGAGAGUAUCAAUGAUUUCGAGCCCUUGUUCUCAGAGGAGGCGCCCGAAGUGGAGAAGCCAGUCACCACGGUCCAGCCCGUGUUUAACUUGGCAGCGUAUCAUCAGCUCUUCGUUGGGACAGAAAGGAUUCGUGCUCCGGAGAUCAUUUUCCAGCCUUCUCUCAUAGGAGAAGAGCAGGCGGGGAUUGCAGAGACCCUUCAUUAUGUCCUGGACAGGUACCCGAAGGCUGUUCAGGAUACCCUGGUCCAGAACGUUUUCCUCACUGGUGGGAAUGUGAUGUAUCCAGGCAUGAAGGCCAGAAUAGAGAAGGAGCUGCUAGAGAUGAGGCCCUUCCAGUCCUCCUUCCAGGUUCAGCUUGCCUCGAACCCAGUGCUGGAUGCCUGGUAUGGUGCCCGAGACUGGGCCUUGGAUCACCUGGAAGACAGUGGAGCCUGGGUCACCAGGAAGGACUAUGAAGAAAAGGGGGGCGAGUACCUCAAGGAGCAUUGUGCCUCCAACACCUACGUUCCCAUUCGCCUGCCUAAACAGGCCUCACGUGCCUCAGAGACUUCUGGGAGGGGCUCGGGGGCCAGUGGAAGUGGAGCUGGUGAACAGGCCUAGCGGAGGGUCUCCAAGAUGGCUGUGUGCUUCACGCAGGACGUAGGCAGUAUCUGGGACAAGGACAGUGCCCGCUUCACUGCCUGAGUCCACCAGCUCUGUUUGGCCACUGACUGGAUUUCUCCUGGGAGCACAGCAGAGGACAGCAGGUGAUCUCCCUCAGUGAAGGACAGAGUGGCCUCUGGCAUGAGAACCGCAGGCAAGCUAUGGUACUGCUUUCCUCGGCAGUGUGGGAAGACGGCUGGAGGCUGGAAGUGGACGGGCACAAGGUGUUUCUCUCGGCACGUGAAAGCCUCUGUUUUCUAAAAAAACGCUCUGUAGUUAUUGGUGUAGUGUGUAUUCUUCUGCACGUGUGGCAGUUCUGUGACUGCCUAGAAUGUUCAAAAGAUGGUAUUGAAAUCGUGGAAGUGGUCAUCCUGAGUCUCAGGGUGGAAAGACCCCACCCACCCCCAUCCUCUGCCUGGUGCAUGUCCUGAAUGGACACACUCAAGAACUGAGCCUGGUAGCCCCAGCCAGAGCUGCUAAUGGCAGCGCAGAAUCAGAAUCCGGAUGUCUGGAUCCCAGGGAUUUUGAGCGCACUUAGGUGAUGUGCGCACCACACAACCUACUUACUGCCUCAUUUCGCUCUGAGUAAUCUAUCUCCAGUCUUCAGGGACUGAGAAACUGCAGGCCAGAAGGGACUGGGUGUGUGGGGGACCCUGGUGUCCGACCCAUGAGUUCCUAAGGCAUUUCCUAUUGAGUCAUCGGCUGAGCUUGGCAGGAUGGCAGGAGUCUGGACCAGCCUUCCCAGCACCAUCCAGGGCUAGAGAUGGGCUAAGCAGGGGCCAUCUCAGUCUUCUUCCUUCAGUCUGCAGUUCAGACAGCCUGAGCAGCAAGGUCACAAGGUGAAUGGUGAAGGGUUCUGGACAGAUGAACCUGGGACUUCACACUGUGAAACUCAGUAAGCUGGAUUGCUUGGGUUUUAGGUGUUGAUGAACAUGGGAGAAGAUUAGGAGCUGAGGGAAGGGAUGGGCUAAGGGGCUAAGCCAUGAGCUCUCUAGUUUUCUCCCCUGUGACACAUGCCAUGACCUUUUGGCCUCCAUAUGGCACUUAGGGAAUCCUACCUGGUACCAGAACAUGUAUACUAUGGGCUUUAAGCCCUAGCUGGUUCCCUUCUAAGCAGUGACAUUUCCCUGUGUCUCAUGCAGUUCAGAGGGUGCUAGGACCUUGGCCUUCAGAGCUUCAAAAGAAGAAGCAUCUUGUUCUGUCCCCUCUCCUGCUGAUAAUUUGUCACAGCAGGCAGCCAGGUGGGAAGUGGUUAAACAUACGAGGGGAUGUAACUUGCCCCUUCCCCCGACCCAGGAGACAUCGGCAAAGGUUCGCCAAGUAAGCCCGCGUGUCAGUGAGAGGAGGAGGAAGGGUCUUGUGGGUCUUGACUGUUCUAGGUACCCUGUACAAAUAAUGUAGAUCAUGUGGUGCUUAUCUUGUAAGUGGUCUGUUUGACCUAGCAUGAUGCCAUCAUGACCUCGGGUUUGUGAUAUCACAGGCGGCAAGGCAUCUUGAGCUGUCUGUAUUGUCUCACAUCUCCCUCCCUUCCUUUCCUUCUUUCUUUUUCUUUUUUUCUUGAGUGGUCUGGCAGUCAUUGGCUGGCUUAGAACUCACUAUGUAGACCUGGCUGACUGGCCUCGAGUUUGUAGCAAUCCUCCUGCCUCUGCUUCCAGAAUGCAGGAUUAUAGAUAGAUAUGUGGUGUCACCACACCCGACUGUACCGUGCUCUGUCAGUGUGCUGGGCAUGGAGGUCACCUCUGCUCAGCUGUUAGGAAUACUCAAGGCUGCUGGUGGGUGUUGGACUUCAAGUCUGAGGAAGCUGUUUGCAGAGCAGCUGUCUCUACAUCCCACCGGAAGGCCCAGGCUCUGGUUCUAUAUCCUCACCAAUUCUUAUUUCUUAGUCUUUUGUUUUUGUUUUUUAUGGAAAUCAAACUAGCGGUUUUGAUUUGUGUUUCCCUGCCGGUCGAUGGAGUUGACAUUUUUACUCUUGCCUGUUGGUCAUGUGGGUGUCUUUCGGGAUGUAGUUGAUCAGAGUGUUGGCAAAGACUUGCUUCCUGUUCUUGACAUCCUUUCCCAUGUUCUGGCCCCCAAAGUAGGGAGGUUACAGUAUUGAGCUACACUGGAAAGUUAGGAAUUACCCCUCAGUCAAUCCUAGCUCCCCUCAGUGUGGGGAUAGGCUAGUGAGCCAGCAGGUCCUCUGGUGCCACCUGGUGGCUUUCUGGGGGAGCUACAAUGGCACGGUUGCAAAAGUGUGGUGUAGGCUCUCUGAACUGAGGGCUGAUUUUGGAAAGGACCAGAUUUAUUUAAAAAGGCAUGGUGUACUCUGAACCUGAGAUGAUGCCUACUCGGACCCCAGAGACUCCCAGGGGAGCCUGCCACAUUCACCCCGCCUUGUCAUGUGUCAGGGUCUUGCUACAGCCCAGGCUGGCUUCAGACCCUGGAUCCUCCCCAUCCAACCUCAGUGCUGCGCGCGGGGGAGGGGGGGGGUCGGCGGCUGGCACCACCACCAUCUACAAUUUGGAAAAGUGCCAAGUUUGAAAGAGCUGCCCUAGGCACUGGGUGAGGAGAUGGGGAGCAGAGGUGCAUUCUGGGACAGGCAGUGUUUUGGCGCUGAGGCAGAAGAUUCUUCAAGGAGAAUUUCAAGUAGGCGUGAUGACCCAAGCCUGUAAUCCCACAAUUGGGGAAUGGAGGCCCAGGAAGGUAAGAGAUCAAGGACAGCCUCAGCUACAGGAGGGUUUAUCUAGGAGACUAGAAUACGAGGCCAUACAAGACCCUGUCAGGAGGAAAAAGUACAAACGUUUCUGCGGUCAAGCUGCUGCUUUUCUUCCGAAGGCUCAGUUCCCAGCCUGUCCCUUUUGCUCUCUACUUCCUGUGGGAUUCUUGUAUGUGGCUCCAGAAAGUAGAGCCUGCUGGCUGGCAAGGGAGAGCCUAGUGUGACAAAACCUUAAGUGGAGAUAGCUCGCAAUCAAACUUGGCCCUUAGCUCCAGGGUGAGCUCUUGUAUGGAAAGCUCUGCUUGUCAUCUGUUUUGAGUCUGUUUGAAAUGCUAUGUGGAAAAAACAAUUUAAGCCAUCCGGGUGUAUGUGUAAACCAUGUUCCGUUGUUGUCUUGUUUUUUAAAGUGUUUGGGGGCUGAGUUUGGCUCGUUAGAAUGCUUGCCUAGCAUGUGCAAAGCCCUGGGUUUGCACAAUAUAAAUGUGGUGUAGUUUCAUAAUCCCAGCACUUGGGAGGAGGAGGCAGGAGAGUCAUCCAUGAUACAUAGUGAGUUUGAGGCCAGCCUGAGACUCCAUCUCCAUAAAAGGAAAAGAGCCACUUAAAUUGUCACUGUGGCUUGGUUAUAUUCCACCCAGGUAAUAACUUCCCUGUGUGUGCCUCUGCUUUUAGAAAUGAAGCCCUGGGGUGUGUGUGUGUGGGGGUUGCUUAUUUGUUGUUUGUUUGGUUGGUUUUUUCAAGGUAGGAUUUCUCUUGUGUAACAGCUCUAGUUGCCCUGGUACUCGCCCUGUAAAUCAGGCUGUUCUUGAACUCAGAGAUCCGCCUGCCUCAGCCUUCCAAGUGCUGGGAUUAAAGCUGUAAGCCACCAUUGCCUGGCUGCAGCCAGCACUUUUAACAACAAAACCUUCUCCCCAGCUCCUUAGGUCUCCUUUUCUGUCUAGGUGUGGCGGCACGUGGCUGUGGUCACAGUACUCAGGAGACUGAAGGAUCUGUUCAUCAAAAGACUAGCCUGCUACACAGCAAGAUCCUGUCUUAAAAACCAUAGCAAAAGAAUCCGUGUUUUCGGGGGCCAGUUCAGUUCAUCUUGGGAAUGAAGCCCUUGCCCCAUAUAUGCAGGACUCAGCGUUCUGUCCCCAGCCUCGGAAAACAGGUGAAGCGACAUGUGCCUUGUGCAGUGGAGUUGGAAGUCAUGUGUUGUGACAAGCCAGCCCAAUCGGGGCACAAUCCAUAAAUCCGAAGGGAAGCCAGGCAGCCCAGUUAUGUAACUGUGGCUUACACAGAAGGUUUUAUUUUAAAUGGCUUUAAGUAGAUCACUUUAUUUUUAAGUGACUUUCACAGUUGUUGAGGAAAAAAAUAGUUGAAUGUGUAUCUUUAGUGGGAUGUGUUCUAAAACAGAAAGAAAUGGCAAAGGAAUCUUUUCAUAAUUAUGUUAAUAAUAGCACAAUAUGGUUAUUCUGAGGAUCAAUAUAUGUCUAUAUUCAAAUAAAUAUUCUAAUGUUAGGAGCCAAACAUUUCAGUGUGAUAGGAUGUAAAGAUGUAAAAUCAAAUGAAAGGAACUUUGGUUACUAUAAAUUAGAAUUGCAGAUCCCGAUAUGAGCACAUGAUAUCUCUUUUCUUCAAAAAUACUAGUAUCAGGCCGGCAGGAUGGCUCAGUGGGUAAAGUCACAUAUCUGCGAAACCAUACAGCCUGAGUUAGAGUCCUCAAACCCACAUCAAGGUGGAAUGAGAGCUCCAGACCUCCACACAUAAGCCGUGAUGAACACACAUGCAUGUACAUGAUGAUACAAUUUAAAAACAAAAGCGCUAGUGUCAACUAGAUAGUGCGGUGCAUGCUUGUAAAUUCCAGCACUUAGAAGGUGCACUCGGGAAGGUCACCCUAGGCUGCAUAACUGGUGCUAGGCCACCUUAGGGUGCAGCUCCCUAAGGCCUCUUUCGACUCACAGCCUUGCAGUUUUCAGUUCAUGUUCCACAGUAAAGCAGAACAUGGGGACAUGGGGAUGCUGGGAGGGAGGCAGAGAUGUCACCGGAUGCCCGGAUAGUGAAGACGGGAGAAGAGGGACUGUGGCUUCCCUACCCCCUUUAAGGAUGUGCUAUUAAUAGCCUUCCCAAUAGGCCCCACCUCUUCAAAGUUUUGACCACCUCCCAGUUACAUGACGCUGAGGAUCACGGCUUUUACAUAUCCUUUGGGGACAUCCAAUAUCCAAAUCAAAGCAUAGGUGCUUCUACAUCAUUUAAGAGUUUUCAUGUUGGGCUGGGUGUGUCUCAGUGGUAUCGAACCUGUUUAGAAUGUGUGCUCACUGUGUAUGUGUAAUGUGUACAUGUGUGUUUGUGUGCAUGUGGAGGCUAGAGGUUGCUAACUUACCUACUGAGGUAGAAUCACUCAUCGUGGGGCUCACCGACUUGGCUGGUCCAGUUAGCUGCUUGCUCUGGCAAUCCCCACCUUUGCCACCUGACCAUUGGAGUUGCAGCUGGGCCACCACCCCUGCCCAGCUGCUUAUGUGGGUGCUGGGGAUUCAGACUUGGGUCCUCAGGCUGUCAACAAGCACUCUGAGCCAUUCCCUCAGCCCAUGGUGGAUAAUUUUGAUUGUCAACUUGAUGGGAUUUAGGAUCACCAUGGAAACAGGUCUUGGGUUCAUGUCUACAACAGAUUAUCUGGAGUAGGUAAACGGAGGCAGGAAAUCCACCCCAAAUGUGGGUGGGGUCUUAGAGAGCAAACCAAACCCCAGUCUUCCUCACUCUGCUUUCUGACUGGACACAAUGUGACCAGCUGCCUCAGGCUCCCACCAUGACGGACUGUUUCCCCCUGGAACUGUAAGCCAAGAUGAAUUCUUCCUUAAGUUGCUUUUGUUGGAUAUUUUGUCCUCGGAGUGAGACAAGUAGCUAUUAUAGCAUGUGAGUCCCUGGAUUCCAUCCCCAGCAUUGCCAAGACGAUCCUGUCGCCUAUGCUCUGGCCUGCUCAUCCUUGUCUUUACAUGGGUUAAAGGGUCUAACUCUCUUCUUUAUCCCGUCUGCUUCUGUGUGGUGUUUCAUUGCCUGUGUGUAGCAUAAUUUACCUCUCCAGAUGGUGCUUGUCUUGGUGUGGGAUUGUGGUGGUGGUGGUGGUGGGGUGUCUUCUCAGAGGACUAGCCAGCUGGACCAACCAUCUACUGGGCAGCCUGUCUCCCCUGCCCUUCUGUAAGCCCCACGUGCGUUGUUUUCAAAGGAUUUCCGUAUCCGGGAACAUUUUCAGACUUUCUUGUCUGUUCCCCUCAUCUCUGUUUAAUUCUGAACUCAGCAAGAAAUUUCGUCAUGGUCACUUUACAUAUGUGGCGGCACAAGCCUGUAUCCUUAGGGCUCUGGAAGCUGAGGCAGGAGGAUCCAGAAUUCAAGGCCAGCCUGGGCUACACUGAGAAACCCUAUCUUAAACAGUAUUUUCCCCAGACCUUUGUAGGCAGAGUUGUUUUUUGGGACCACUGACUCCCAAGUAACCACAUAGAGACUUAUUAGUAAUUAUAAGGGGAUGCUCGACCAAUGGCUUGUUACUAACUCGCUCUGACAUUUUAAAUUAACCCUUAGUUCUUAUCUACGCUCCUACCUGUGGCAGGACCUUCUUUCAUCUUGCUCCUCUCCCUGUCUCCUUGUGACUCCUGAGACUCCUUCCUUGUCUUCCUCUACCUGACCAGCUAUUGGCCAGCCAUCUCUCUUAUUAGCCAAUGAGUGUAAUCCAUAUUUACAGUAUACAAAGAUUGUUCCACAACACACCUUUCUGUAUCUUUCCCUAAUUAUUCUUCCUUCCUCUUCCUCUUUUCCCCUAUUCCUUCUUCUCUGUCCUCAGUACUGUUUUUAGUUUUCUUCUACAAUUACUUUAUUUGUGUGUAGACAUGUUUGUGUAUGCAUACACCUAUGUAUAUGUGCAUGUGGAGACCAGAGAUUGAUAUUAGAUGUCGUCUUGAUUAUUCUCUACCUUUGUGUGUGUGUGUGUGUAUGUGUGUGUGUGUUUACACCUCCAGUGUGCAGGUGUGUAUACAGUUGUAUUUCCCUGUGAAGACAGGUGUGGAGGCCAGAGGCUGACAUUGUGAUCAUCUCCCUCAACUGAUUUUCUACCUUGUGUUUGGGAUAGGGGCUCUCAGUGAACUUGGGGCCAGCAGAUUGUCUAGACCGGCUGGCCAACAGGCUUCGGGGAUCUGCUCAUCUUUAUGUCCCUAGUGCUGUGAUGACAGGUGUAUGCCACCAUGCCUGGCUGUUUCCAUGGGUGCUGAGGACCCCGACAAGGGCUCCUUGCCUGUGCAGCAAGCACUUUGCUGACUGAGCCAUCAUCCCACUUCCUUAUUUAGUUUUUAUUAUUGGCUUUCUCUCUGGGGUGUUUUUUGGAAAUAAUUUGUCAGGUUCCAAAAUAAUCCUGUGAGCAUACUUAUUUGCAUGUUAUUAUAGAUUCAGAGAGAAGGCAGCAUCUUUCCUCCAUUGACUCUUCUGUCCCUCGGCAGAAUGUGUCAGUUCUCCGCAGCCAGGCCUUCGUCUCACACAGCAUAUCUUAGAGGGAUUGCUUACAAGGUCCCCGCACAGGUCUCCCGAAGCCUCUCACUCUUUUUAGCACUUGGACUGUAUCCCGUCAUGCUUCACUUCAAUCACUCCACCUUUGGCUGGCAUUUGAAUAAAUGUUUCCAGAUUUACUCCAUUAUAAAUAGUGCUGCAAGAAAAUAUCCCGGCACAGAUAUGCAUGCGGGUGUGUGAUCGGGAAUGGUGUUACUACAAAUGGAAUUGCUAGGUCGACAAUUUGAAUAAUAAAGCCAGGUAUGGUGGUGUCUGCAUGCAAUCCCAGCAUUGCAAAGGCUGAGGCUGAUGGGUCACAGCUUUGAGGCCAGCCUGGGGUGGAUAAUGACAUCCUGUUUCAAAGAAAGGAAGGAAAGAAGGAAGCAAGCAAACAAGCGGGGGUAGGGGGUGGGUACUUGUCAUUCUCAACACUUAGGAGGCUGAGGCAGGAGGAUUAGGAGGUUGGGGCUAGCCUGGGAUACAGAGUGAGUUCUAGACCAGUCUGGGCUCUCUAGAAAGACCUAUCUCCUUGCCCUCCAGCAAACAAACAAGCAAACAAACCCACAAAACCCCAGAUCAAGUAAAGAUAAAGGCUGUGCUAAUAUAAAGAAAUCAGCAGAUUGAAGAACAGUGUGCUACCAUGCAAACAUCAAAGCGAAGCUGAGGGUAAACUCAGGGAUCACAUUGGCACAAGCUAAUGUGGGUCCUAGGCUUGGUAUUGAGGAGGGGAUCACAGCAAGAAAGGAAAUGACCAUAACCAUGUUCUUCUUACGCUGGUCUCAAUUGGGCAUCACUGCUUGUCUGUCCCCUGGCUAGAGGCCACAAGUGACCAUGCUGCCACCGUGACUCUGUGGGGUUUUAGCUCCACAUCUUUCUCCACCGCUGUGAAUACCCGACUGAAGCAAUUACUUAUAUUUGGGAGUCAGUUAUCAAGGUGAAAACCUGAUUGAUCAGAGAAGCAACCAGUGACCUGUGUCUCUCCUUCCUCCAUCCAAACGGGCCCGUGAAUCUUUCUACGCUCUUCCUACAACUUCCAUGUCUCUCUAUCCCGGGUCCUUCAAAACCUUUCUUGCUAAUUCUGGUCAGCUAGUAGCUAGCUCCACCCUCUGAUUCAAGGUAAACUCUACUGGCAGUCUUGGGAGUGUCAGAGUGUGAUCAGAGUAUCCCACAGCCCCGCAAACACCUGCACUGCACACAGCCAGGCCAGGGUAUGGAAGCCCCUGAGGGCCGUGGCUGUCUACAGGGAACACAAUGAUCAGAGAGCUCCAAUGAUCUUGCUGGGCGGCUCUGGAUCCAGCCAUACCAGAAAGGGUUUCUAAGCAGAAUUCUUUGGGACCUGAGCCACAAACAAGUGUGGUUGUCAGGCCCCAGGAGACAAGAGAACUGGCAGGAAAUUGGCCUCUCACGUACUGACGACUUGAAUGCUUUUCUAGCGAACUCCAGUGGCAGCGGGGAGUCAGCUCUGGAAGCUUCGAUGAAGGCACCUGAGCCAUGGGCGACAAUGAGAGGCCAGUUAUUGCUGCAGAACAAACCACCCUUGUGCAGAACAAAUCACCGCCUUAAAGGAGGUGAUAGGGCAGUCGUGUUCCAGAUUACAGAGCUGUCUUGGCUCCAUAUUGUAACAGAGCCAGCGUGGGUGUGCUACCAUUGGACGCUGCUGCUUUGUUUUCAGUUUAUCUCCUCCCAGAAGCCCAGUGGCCUUUAGAGGAGCACAUGGUUAGUUCCCAGCAGGCACUAACUAGACAGCCUUCCAAGAAGUGCCGAAGCCCGGAUGUCCAGAGGACGAGGGAAGAAUGGUUAGCUGCAGGCUUCUCUCCGUAGAAUCUGCCGGCUGGGAGGUGAGUUGGAAGACUGUUUUUAGUCUGCCGUCUUCUCAGAUGGUGGGCUCUGAGUGAAGUGUGGUUUUGAAGAUUGACCUCGGCAUCUGCGAGUGACAAGUGACCUUGAGCUCCCACGUUCUGGUUACCUAAGGACUGUUGCCUUUGCUCAGUGUCCCACGGGUCUGCUGGGUCCCACUGGGAGGGUCACUAGUCUUGUCAGAGUCUCUGCAGCAUCUACAGCCAUAGGGACCUGACUGGGGCAGGUGGUCCAGGUGACCGCACUCAUGUCUGGAGUCUUGGCUAGGGUUCCUGGGACAAAGGGAUUAACUGGGUCCUUCUCAGCAGACUCUCUUCUCCCUGUAAAGCUCUGACUGGUCUCAUAUUUGUUAUAUAGAUCAGGCUGGCUCUGGACCCAUGGCUACCUGGUGUUCUUGCCUCCCUAGUGCUGAUACUGCAGGCAUGCACUCACCAUGUCCUGGUUUGUUUUUUGUCAUUUAGUUUACUCUAGCUGGGCAUGGUGACACACACCUUUAAUCCCAGCACUCACAAAGCAGAGGCAGAUGGAUCUCUGUGAGUUUGAGGCCAGCCUGGUGUACGUAGUGAGCUCCCAGCUAGCCAGGGCUACUUAGUGAGACCCUGUCUCAAAAAAAAAAAAAAAAAAAAAAAAAAAAACUACUCUAGGCUUUUAUUUUUUAAAUUUACUGUGUGUGUGUGUGUGUGUGUGUGUACACAUACAUGCCAUGGAAUAUGUGUGUAAGUCAGAGGACAACUUUCAGGAAUCAAUUCUCCUUUCAUUAUGUGGAAUCCAGGAUUCAACUCAAGUUGUCAGUCUUGACAACAAGAGUCUUUACUUACUGAACCAAUGUAUGAGCCCUGUACACAGUGUAUGUAUGUGUGUGUGUGUGUGUUAUUGGUGGUGGUGUAUCCAUGCAGAUGCACAUGUUGGCCAGAGGUCAACCUCAGGUGUCUCUCUUAGCCAAUCCCCUACCUUAGUUUUUGAGACAGGGUCUCUCCCUGACCCUCAAGUGCACCAGUUUAGCUGGCUUGGCUGACCAGUGAUCCUCAGGGAUCCUCUUGUCUGGUCCUUCCCAUUGCUGGAGUGACAUGUUCCUCUUUUGUAGGUGCUGGGCACCCACACCCAGGUACUCAUUCUUGCUUGGCUAUCACUUUACUCCACUGAGCCAUUCCCCUAGCCUCUCUGCUCUGGCUUUCUGCACAAGGCGGUACUACUCCAAGAAAGCCAGGCCCAAUGUGAGUGCCUUUUAACCCUGUCUGAAUCCCAUUUGCUGACAUGGGCCAAAGCAAGUCCCAUGGAUGAGCCCUAAGUUAGUGUAUGUGUGUGUGGGGGAGGGUGUAGGGAAGCUCAGCUCUCUGGAUAUUGUGGUGAUGUGGUGUGAAGAACAAGGCCUGGCCUGUUCAUAACAGUUCACAACUAUUCACAACUGUCUACAACUGUCUGUAGCUGCAUUUCAGGGGAUCCGAAGCCUUCUUCUGGCCUCCACAGGCACCAGGCAUGCACAUGGCACACAUACAUACAUGUAGACAAGCACUCAUACCCAUAAAAUGAAACUGAAUAUUUUUAAAGAUCAUAUAAUUGGUGGAACAAAUAAAGAACCUAUGAGAUGUUGGCCUAUGGCCUACACACACACACACUCACUACCAUACAUACGCACAUAGUCACAUACGCACAUAUGCUCACACAUAUACUCACACACACUUAUUCACACACAUACACGCAAGAACACACACACUGUUUAUAAGCCCCAGACUUGGGGAUGGAGGGAGCCUCUUUAGGCAGAUUAAACCCAAACAUGUGGGGCUGGAUCCAGUGCAGACUGAGGUACUGAAGCCGAGGCUUUGAUGAGAGGACUGAUCAGAGGAAGGGCAGCACAGAGCUUGAACAUAGAGAUGCCAUAGUGCGUGUGCACAGAGGAAAGGUCACAUGAGGACAUGCCAUGGCACGUGUGCACAGUGGGAAGGUCUUGUGAAGACAUGUCAUGGCACAUGUGCCCAGAGGGAAGGUCAUGUGAGGACAUGUUAUGGCAUGUGUGCACAGAGGGAAGGUCAUGUGAGGACAUGCCAUGGCACGUGUGCGCAGAGGGAAGGUCAUGUGAGGACAUGCCAUGGCACGUGUGCGCAGAGGGAAGGUCAUGUGAGGACGUGCCAAGGAGGUGCCAUCUGCAAGCCCAGGAGAGAGGCCUCAGGAGAAAGUGGGCUCGAGGCUUGCUACAGUGAACUUGGAUUUCUAACAUCCAGAACCAGAAGAAUCAGCCUGCCUGUGAUAGUCAAGACAGUCGUGCCAACCUUAUCGAGUGACGUGGUGACCCAGAGGGGCGCUGUGCUUUCUCCCAUGGGAGCCCAUGCUUUUAUGUUUGUUGGUUUAUUAUUAUUAUUGCAUGUUUAUCAUAUUAUUUAUUUAUAUAAUAAAUUUAUUAUACUUUA